CUCUGAUAAGUAUGGAAUGAACAUUAACAUACAAAACACCAAGACACACACUCAUAGUUUUUAUUUGCAGUAAAUAUAAACAAAUACACAUACUCGUAUUUGAAUCUUCAACUGUACUUUCAUACCUACAUCUUCCAGUUUUGAUGCAAAACAAAGAUUUAUAGGUAUAUUAUGUAUCUUCAACAAGCGCACAUCAGAUUUCUGAUAUGACUGGUAAAUAAUAGCUAAUUAUCAGAAACUGGAUAAAAAUAAUCUGUCGAUAUAAAAUCGAGGCGAUAUAUCUUCGAAGCAAUACAUCAAUACCAUUAGUAAGCGAACAUGAAGUUUUCUCAGUUGACGAUAGUGGCUCUUGUAUUGAUUGGAUGCGAAAGCUAUAUAGAGAAACCAGGACCGAGGUACGUGGCAACCAAAGGAGAACCAUGGCCCAAACCACAGACGCAGAUCAAGAAUGACGCAUACUUCGUUUUGCGUCCACAAUUUUUCGAAUUUCAAGUGAAAAAUAAUGCUAAGUGUACUCUCCUUCACGAUGCAGUCCUCAGAUAUCAGAGUAUCAUCUCAGGCCUCUACGAGUCUGUUGAUGAAAAUUUGAAAUUCGUCAGUCAUCAGCACCACAAAAAAGAAUGGCUUUCGGACAACAAUUUCAUAGGCCACUUGGAAUCGGCGGUUGUCAAUUUGUCGGGUUCUUGUGAUGACAACGACUAUCCCUCUCAAGAUAUGAAGGAAAAUUAUUCUAUAAACAUCACACCCGAUAAUGCAGAAAUACAAUCUUCAACGAUUUGGGGUAUUCUAAGAGGACUGGAAACAUUUUCACAAUUGAUCUACAUUGCAGACGAUUACGUAUCCCUAAGAAUAAAUACUACAUCAAUUUCGGAUUAUCCACGAUUUGCUCAUCGUGGCCUGUUGUUGGACACUUCUAGGCAUUUUAUUCCUGUUAAAAAAAUGCUUGAGAAUUUAGAUGCCAUGGCAUACAACAAGCUCAACGUUUUCCAUUGGCAUAUUGUUGACGAUCAGAGUUUUCCAUACGUCAGCAGAAAAUACCCGGAACUAAGUGAACAAGGAGCAUACAAACCCUCACAGGUAUACACCCCUGCAGUGAUGCAACAGAUUGUGGAAUAUGCUAGAGUUAGAGGAAUUCGAGUAAUUCCAGAAUUCGACACUCCAGGACACACCAGAUCUUGGGGUGUAGCACAUCCAGAGGUGCUCACAGCUUGUGGCGGCAAUCUGGCUGGGGAAUAUGGCCCCAUGGACCCGUCAAAGGUGGAAACAUAUAAUUUACUUGCCGGACUGCUUGGAGAAGUUUCAGAAACUUUCCCAGAUCAAUAUAUUCAUCUUGGAGGCGACGAAGUGGAUUUCGACUGUUGGGAAAGUAACGCCAAUAUCUCGAAGUUCAUGAAAAAGGAAAACAUUACUGAUUACAAAGGAUUGGAGAGUUAUUUCGUCCAAAGAGUCAUAAACAUAGUCGACGCUCUCAAAGCUAAAUCAAUAGUAUGGGAGGAAGUGUUCGAGAAUGGAGUCAAGUUACCAACAGAAACUAUUGUUCAAGUGUGGAAAGGCCCUUGGGAACAGACGAUGAGUGAGGUAACCCUUUCAGGGAAAACCGCAAUCCUGUCAUCCUGCUGGUACCUCGACCACCUGGACAGCUACGGCGACUGGCAAAAGUUCUAUAAUUGCGAACCUUACAACUUCACGGGUGUGGACAGCCAGAAGAAGCUGGUCCUAGGAGGCGAAGCCUGCAUGUGGGCGGAAGUCGUCAACGAAUUCAACGUCAUUUCGAGGGUGUGGCCUAGGGCUAGCGCUGCCGCAGAGAAACUGUGGUCCGCGGAGAACGUGACGGAUAUCAAAGAGGCCACUCUGAGGCUGGAGGAGCACGUGUGUAGGAUGAACAGGAGAGGGGUCGGCGCCCAACCGCCAAGUGGGCCCGGAUUCUGUCCGUGAUUCGGGGGUAUCCUAGUUACCGAAGACUCAUUCU